GGCGGCAGCAGCACCCCCGGCCGCCAGCAUGCCCGGGCUGCCCGCACAGGGCGGCGCCGGCGCCGGCGCCGGCGCGCGGAGGGAGCGCGGGCCGCCGCGGAGGCGCGCGGAGGGCGCCCCUGAGCUCACAGAGGGGCCCCGCGGUGCAUUGUGCUGCGUUGUGCUGCGCGGUGUUGCGUUGUGCUGCGGGGCAGUGCGCUGCUUUGCGCUGCGGUGCGGUGCUUUCCGCUGCGGUGCAGUGCAGUGCGGUGCAGUGCGGUGCGGUGCUUUCCGCUGCGGUGCGGUGCUUUCCGCUGCGGUGCGUUGUGCCGCGCCGCGCCCCGCAGACGCCGCUCCGCGCGCGCGUUGCUCGAGGGCGCCGGCGGGGGGCGGCUGCUGGCGACGGGCAGCAUGGUGCGAGCGCGGGGGGCGUCCGGCCCCGGGCGUCGCCUGCUGCUGCUGCUCGGCCUCCUGGCGGCCCUGCGUGCCCGGGACAGCCGGGCUGCUCCGCGGGCAGCGCCGGGCCCAGAUGUGGCUGUAUUUGAUGAUUAUCCAGCCGCUCAGCUGCAUCGUCUUGUUGAGCCUCUGGGUCUUCCCAGGGGUCGUCCACGUGCUUUAGAGCCGCGAGGGGUCCCCAGGGAUGUGGCCGUGGGUGAUGGAGAUUUCUCUUCUUCUCUGGACCCUGGAUUUGAACCUGGAGGUGUUCCUGCAGGCGGUGGCCUUCUAGGUUCCCAGCUGGAUCCCACUUCUGAGCCUCAGGGGCAUGCCAGGAAUGUGGCCGCAGGAGAUGGCUAUGCAGCUUCUCAUCUGGAUGCCCAUGUAGAAUCUCUGGGGAAUCGUACAGGUCCUCGGCAGAGGAAGUAUAAGGCCCAGAGAGGAAAGUCCUCUGAGAAGUAUUCUAAACUCCUGCAGGAAAUCUUGAAGGAGUUGCAGAGAGCAGCUGAUGUCCCUCAAGUCAGUGAAGCUUCUGCAGCUUCUCAGGGGCUGAAGCCUCUGCUUGAGCCUCAGGGAGAUCGCAGGGGCCUUGCUGGUGACAAAGAUGCCGAGGCUGCAGCUCAUAAAGGCCGACGAAAGCAGCGUUUGGUCCUGAGCACUGCAGUCUCGGGCUCCAUACUGUUUGCCGUAGUACUGACAUGUGUAGUUACUUUCCGGCUGAGGAAGAGAAAACAGUGAGUUGUUCUUUUCCGACAUUCUUUAGUACAUGGCUGCUCUUAGCAGCGAAGCAUGUGUAGGGAUAGUAUGGUGGAGUGCCUGGUGAGCUGUUGAGAGGACUCUGUUGAGACGUCUGCUGUUAGCUUUCUUAGGUGGACUCUUCCUUCCUGGCAGUGAGUACUCUUUUCCUGAAAGCCAUUCUCGUUG